GCUCAAUUCUUUAGGUCAUGGCUCAAUCUUCUAGGUUUCCGCUUAAGACUUAUUCUAAUCGUCGAACCCGUGCCCAAAGACUGGGUGUCGAAAGAGUCAAAGAUAUUCGACCCUCUUCUCCUUUGGAACGCUUGGACGAUGAAGAGGACCUCUCAGUUGCCCAAAUGUCUCGCAGAAUGAAGAAACGAACCCGCAACAUAUCACGAAAAGGUUCCCUCGAGGAUAUGACCUUAAGCAAGGCUUCAAAGCCUCGCGGAAAUGCCAUCGCUGGCAAGAAUGAUAUUAAUAAUAUUCCUGGAGCUCAGAAGUCUUUCCCUCUGAAACGUCAAGACGUCAAUGAUCUAUCGUACCAAACGCCUCAUCCGGUCGACACACCCAUUAAAAAGUGUGAAGAUGAUAAAGUACUCCCUGAACAACUGUCUCCGGUCCCCACCGCUCGUCGUAUGCUCUCUCGCGCAAGUUCCAGGAAUAUGAAGGAGAAUACUACCAACCGCAGUUUGGCUUCUCCAUUCAGUAGUAGACCAGGCUCACGAGCAUCUUCCCCUAAUCCUGAAUAUCAGGGUCCUGGGAAACGCCCCCGUCUCCAUGUGAAGUCGCGAACUCUCUCCUCGUCGAAUAUAAGGAAGAAGUCUUCUAUGCCUGCUUUACGUCGUACACCCAAUGCUCCGCAUCGUUAUGAAACCCCAAAUGCACCUCAACCCGCUUACAUGCCUUCUUCCACAUCUGGAGUUCAGUCAAGCACUCACAACCGUACUACUUCCAUUCCUGCUUUGCCGACAUCUUCUCUUGAUCAAAUAUCUCCUCAGAACUGGCAUAUUCCCUCCAGAGCACUUCAUCGCUCGCCAGAGGCACUUGGUGAACCACCAGACAACUCCUUUAUCGACCACGCUUCAUUCUAUUUGGAUACACCUUUGCAGGUUUCCACUCCUGCAAGAGAAAAACCACGUCCUGACCCGCGCAAGACUCGCCAGGCCAGCAUAUACUCAGAUGAUAGUGACCUUGAUCUGUCCGACGCCUCGGAUUCGCCUACCCAGAAGUCUUUGGCAAUCGUACGUGCUCUUGUUCCACCUGCCUCUCCAAGAGUGCCCGGAAGAAGAAGGCGGACAAUUAUGCAUGUUUCCAGUGACAGCAUCUUCUCGUCUGCCCUGGAUUUCUCUACGUAUGUUACGGAUGACGAAUCCCCUGGCCAUGUUCGAAGAACGACCGAACGACCUUCUUCGGUAGCAACCCGACAGCCUGGGGCAUCCAAAGUACUUGAUGCAGAUACGAACUUAGGCGUUGGACUAGAUGCCGCUUUUUCCCCUGCCCCUGCCUUCUCGCUCGAUGACCCUAUCGCUACUGGUAAGCGACCAAUCCGAGCGAAGGCAAGUCCUAACUCGGAUGAUGACGUCCGUGAUUUAUUAUCAACUCUAGAUUUGAAUGAACCUCUGCUGGAUCUCAACGUAGAACCUGUGGAUCCUGCGUUCGAUGAUGCCUCACCGAUGGAUUCAGCCUCUACUUCCAGAGGGAAUAGAGAAGCUACCAAGCCUCGGAGGAAGCGUGGCGACACUAUAAGAGCUUCUGAUUAUCCUCGUCCACCGAUUGUUCUUCUGCCUGCUACCAAAACUGUUAACUCGACCACGACCGAACCGCCUGCUGCCCGUGCCCGAACAACUACUCGCCGAACUCGAUCCGGAACAGUUACUCAAGCUGAUCCUGCCGUCCAAGCUUCUGCUAGUGCCGUCGGCUCCAGUGUCAAUAGCAAGAGAAGUGCAGCUCAAACUGGUCCUAGCAAGCUUACUCGUACUCGUACCGAGGUUAAAAAGCAUAAACGCCGCAGCCAGGUACUUGUCAAACCAACCUUAUUUGAUGCUCCACCGCCACCUGCCGAUGAUGAAGAUGACGAGUUACUGUUGACGGACGACUCCUGGAAGGACUGCCAGUGAGAAGUUUUGUGUAAGUGCCUGGUUUCCUGUUGAUGACGAUCUCAUUCGCAUUCACCUUCAGAUCAUGUUUUGCAGCUGUUUCCGUUUGUAUCGUUUCGUUUGCGUUUCUUUCUAUACCUUCGCAGCACAGUAUACCCAGUUACUCGGACUUAAGUGUAUAUCCCUUCGCUUUGCUUCGCAUACUUUUCGCUUUUCCAUGACUUUACCAGAACCAUGUUGUCGUUGUCUUGUAAUCGCUUAUUGAUCGAGAUCGUUUGAUGGCAGUGUUAG